AUGAUUGAAAAAGAAGAAGAUCUUUUUUGUUCUUUGAAACAUAAACUUCCAGUCUUAAUGAUUGCUUGCGAUAAAGAACUUAAAAAGAAUUAAAGACUUUUGUGCCCUCUCUGUAUGGAAAAUUUAGAAUAAAAAUCCCAACUAAUGAGCUUUAAGAAGGCAUUAGAAAAUAUAGAAGAAAACCAGAGGUAAAAGAAAGAAUCUAUUGAGAAUUUUUUAAUUAUUAACAUCAAAUAACUUGAAGAACUCUAAAAAGCUCUUCAUUAAUUAAAAUCUAAUAUCGCUCAAUAAUUGGAUUAUUUGAUUGAAAAUACAUCUGAAUGGAUUAAACAAAUUUAUUUAUGGGGACAAUCAAAUAUUUCAUAUAGUUUUUUUGAUGAAUUAGAAAUACUAAUUAAUUAAACUAAACUUGAUUAAUCCAAUUACAAAUCUAUAUUUGAUCAAAUUAAUUAAAUUAAUUAAUCGUAGAAUUAAAAGAUCUCUAAAAAAUUGAAUUAGUUUAAAUCCUUUUCAGUAGUUACAAAAAGUUCUCUUAAAUUCCAAACUUAGAUUACUCCAAACUUAUUAAAGCUUGAUUAUAAAGUUAAUAAAAAUUAAUGUAUGGCGCCUUUAGUUAAUUCUAAAAAAUCCAAUUACGUUAUUUAGGAAGAUUUAUUUCUGCCAACAGUAAGAGUAUAAAUUUAUGUAUCAUUCAAUUGA